CAAUUGACCUGACGGCUUUGGUUCGGAUACUGAUAAGGAAACAUCGGAAAUUAGGUUCGGAAACUGCUUCGCCAUCUUCAGCCUCGGCUUUCUGUUAAGAUUCCGUUACUGAAUGCUUCAAUUACUUAGCGGAGUUAUAGUAGUGGCUGUAGAGUGGUGAGUUGAUAGGGAAGAUGGGAACUAGGGUUCCGGUGCAGCACUACGAUAUGAGGUCGGCGACGGAUUCCUAUAUAGAAACCUCAUUGCAUGAUCUCAAUGCGGAGGGUAUGGGUGGUAGAGGUGCUGGUGGUGGUGAUGAUGUUGAUCGUGGAGGAGGCGAUGUAACCGAGGAUAGCAUGGAUAAUGGCGAAGAGUCCACAGCUGUUGAUUGCCUCCAUGAGACCUUCAGAAACUCAUUACCACUUCAUGGUAUAGUGGUGGAGGAAGAUCGUACUAGCAUUGAAAAUAGUGGAUCUUCAACGGGUUCCUACAAUAUUGUUACUAUUGAUGAUAUUUCGCCAAUUGAAACGGCAAGGACAAGAUUUUUAGACAUUAUUGUAGAUCAUUUCAUAAGGCCACAUGUAGUUGAUGUUGUAGAUUCAGAGGCAGACUUUGCUGCUCAAUCUUCACAAGAUAAAAUGAGCAAGCGGAAGUCUAGAGAAAUCCAUUAUGAAGGUGAUGCUACAUAUGUUUUGCCCUUGAUGUACGUGGCUAACAUGUAUGAAACACUGGUUAAUGAAGUGAAUGUAAGGCUCUCUUCUUUGAAUGGCAUGCGUGAAAAAACCAUCGGUGUGGCCCUUGAAGCAGCUGGUGGUUUAUACAGAAAGCUUGCAAAAAAAUUUCCUAGGAAAGGACCUUGCAUAUUUAAAAGGCGAGAGUUGGCUACAUCUUUUGAAACAAGGGCAAGGUUUCCUGAAUUAGUUAUACAAGAGGAGAAGCGUGUCCGGUUUGUCGUGGUUAAUGGUUUAGCCAUUGUGGAGAAACCAACUAGCUUAUGUAUUGAUGAUGCAGAAUGGCUCAGAAGAAUGACAGGCCGAAAUGAAGUCGCUAUAUCCCCCAGAGACUAUAAAUUUUAUGCUCCAAGACACAAGUAUAGACGUGCGUCAAACUCAAUUUCCAACAUCACUGGUUUGUCAGCAUUCACCAGCACAGACAAUGCGUCUUCAUUAGCUGCAGGUCAAAGCUACCGCUCGGUUAGUGAAGAUAGUCAGCAGACUACCUCAAAGCAGCAUCUGCAACCUCUGGCCCAUCAGGCUCAAUUUCAUCCCCUUCAGCAGAGCCACCACCAGCACCAUAUCAACCAAAGUCAACAUAUAGCCCAUUUCUCUCACAAUCAACAAUGUGGCCCGCAGUCUCACUUGCCCGAAAUUGUUCAUGCUCAGCAGUCGCCAACCAUUUCUCCACACAUGGCUUGCUUACAACAAUUAGGCCAUGUAGGAGGGCGCAUGCAUAUAAUGCCUACAAGUCCUGCGAAGUUUUGCGAUGAAUGUGGUACUCCCUACUUGAGAGAGACCUCUAAGUUCUGCUCAGAAUGUGGUACAAAAAGGUUAGGAAUAUGAUGUAAACUCAUCAAGUUUCCCAAUGUAAACUGUACAUUACUUGUAAAUAUGUACUUUCCUUUUUCCUUUUUGGUCUGUUCCAGAAAGAGUGUCUAUUUCUAUA